AUGGCGGCCGUCCGGAGAGCGCCCAAGAGCGGCUUGCUGGAGCUGCGAGCGCCGGGCGAGCAGUGGCUGCGCGUCUUGGUGACUCUUUCCGAAGACUUCUUGAGCGUCGCCCCCAGCACCAAGGGCUCCGAGGAGCCGCUGCAGCCGCCGCCCAGCCCCGUGCAACUGAACGGUGCCGAGGCGUGCGCCCUCGUCCCGGACUCGCUAACCAAUAUCAAGCGCACGGUGCGGAUCGUGAAGCAGGACGUGGGGGGGCUCGGCAUCAGCAUCAAAGGCGGUCGGGAAAAUAAAAUGCCCAUCCUGAUAUCCAAGAUUUUUAAGGGGCUGGCUGCAGACCAGACAGAAGCUCUGUUUGUAGGGGACGCCAUCCUUUCCGUCAAUGGUGCUGACCUGUCCGAUGCUUCCCAUGAUGAGGCAGUGCAAGCUCUGAAGAAGACUGGCAAGGAAGUGGUACUGGAAGAGCAAAAAGAUAGGAGAGGAAGAGAUUACAAGAGAAUAAGCAAGCACAGUAUGGGGAGUAUACAUCAAAAGCAAAGUGCUGGUUCUGUCAAUUUAUUGAUUCUUGAUAUUUGGAGAUGA